UCUCACUCCCUGUAGCCACUCAGUCAGAAAGAGAAGGACAGCUCAGCCCCGCCUCCUGGAAUGAGAUAAAAAUACCCAAGGCCCCUCUCUCAUCUGAUAAGAUAAGGAGCCCAUCCAUCUUGCUCCCUUCAAGGUGGGGGGCGUGAGGCCUGGUCUAGCCCAGCCUGAUCCAGCCCCCAGCCCGACCCCGCACCUGCCCGGGGCACCCACCACCCCACAGCAGGCUGCAUGGACCCGGACAAGGCGCCUGCCCACCUCAUCCCUCUCCUUUGGGGGACCCCCCAGCCCUGACCCCUUCCCGGGCACCCUGGCCUGGCCCAGGGACACUUUCUCCCAUGACGCCAUCAGAGAGUCAGGCCUCUGAGCGAGAUAAGAGGGUAGGGCGAGGGGCGGAGGGAGCCAGGCAUGGCAUUCCGGGCCAGGGCGGCCGUGACGAUGGCAGGGCCCCAGCAGCCCCUGCGCUGGGCACGGGCACUGGGCACCAGCGCGGCUGCGGCCCCCAGGGCAGCGCUGCCCUUCGAGGCCAUGCCCCGGUGCCCGGGCAGCAGGUGGCUGCGGGUGCUGCGCGUCUGGAGGGAGGGCUCGGAGGACCUGCACCUGCAGAUGCAGCAGGCCUUCCAGGAGCUGGGGCCCAUUUUCCGGUACGACGUGGGCGGGAGGCACAUGGUGUGCCUGACGCUGCCCGAGGACGUGGAGAAGCUGAAGCAGGCGGAGGGCCGCCAGCCCCGCAGGAUGGUCCUGGAGCCCUGGCUGGCCCACCGGCGGCAGCGCGGCCACAAGCACGGCGUGUUCUUGCUGAACGGGCCGGCCUGGCGCUCGGACCGCCUGCGGCUGAACCCGGACGUGAUGUCGCCGCAGGCCGUCCACAAGUUCGUGCCCAUGGUGGACCGGGUGGCCAGGGACUUCUGCGGGGCCCUCAUGGCCAAGGUGCAGCAGAACGCCCGCGGGAGCCUCACCCUGGACAUCCAGCCCAGCAUCUUCUACUACACCCUGGAGGCCAGCAACUUGGUCCUUUUCGGAGAAAGGCUGGGCCUCCUCAGCCAGAGCCCCAGCCGGGCCAGCCUGGACUUCAUCCGUGCGCUGCAGGCCAUGCUGGAGUCCACCAUGCGGCUCAUGUUCAUGCCCCGGAGCCUGUCCCGCUGGACGAGCCCCCAGGUGUGGAAGGAGCACUUCGAGGCCUGGGACUGCAUCUUCCAGUACGCCAACAGCUCCAUCAAGAAGAUCUACCAGGAGCUGGCGCUCGGGCGCCCCCAGCACUACAGCGGCGUGGUGGCCGAGCUGCUCCUGCACGCGGACAUGACGCUGGACGCCAUCAAGGCCAGCUCCAUCGACCUCACGGCCGGCAGCGUGGACACGACGGCCUACCCCUUGCUGAUGACCCUCUUCGAGCUGGCGCGCAACCCCGAGGUGCAGCAGGCCCUGCGUCAGGAGAGCCUGCAGGCUGAGGCCGCCAUCUCCGAGAACCCCCAGAGGGCCGUGGCCCAGCUGCCCCUGCUGCGGGCCGCGCUCAAGGAGACCCUGAGGCUGUACCCCGUGGGCAUCUCUGUGGACCGGCAGGUGGACUCGGACUUGGUCCUGCAGAACUACCACAUCCCGGCAGGGACGCUGAUCACGGUGCAGCUCUACCACCUGGGCCGAAACCCCGCCGUGUUCGUGAGGCCCGAGCUCUACCAGCCGCAGCGCUGGCUGCACCGCGGCUCCGGCGCCAGGCUGCCCCACCUGGCCUUCGGCUUCGGCCCCCGACAGUGCCUGGGCCGGCGCCUGGCCGAGAUGGAGAUGCUGCUGCUGCUGCACCACGUGCUGAAACACUUCCAGGUGGACACGCUCACGCAAGAGGAUAUCAAGAUGGUCUACCGGUUCGUCCUGAUGCCGUCCGUCAUCCCGCUGCUGACCUUCCGGGCCCUCAGUUAGUCCCCCCGCUGCACCCCUCCCCGUGGCGCCUCCAGCUCCCCUGCCCGCCCCCAGGCCCCGCCUGCUUCCGCCAGGCCUGCUCCCUGAGCCACACCUCCAGCCAGCAC